AUGAUUGCAGCAGUGCAAUCGGUCAUUAAUCAAACAGAAGCGGCGGAGGAAACGAAGAACCUUACUGGACACCAAGUGCCGUCCCUCCUUAUGACUCACAAGCCGCGCGAAAUGCUCCCAAAGGUCGAACGCGAUGCACUAAGAAAACUCAAGGCGGACAAGGACAUCGUCAUCUUGCCCGCGGACAAGGGGCGUUCCACCGGCGUACUGGACAGAACAGACCAUCUUCAGAAGGCUAAAAACCUACUGGAGGAUCGCCAGUUUUAUGUCCAAUGUGAAACCAACCCCGUAAAAACGCUGCCACGCGAAAUUAGUGCGACACUGUUGGCACUGGAGAACUCGGGUGCAAUAACACUGACCGACCGAAGCCUGGCAAGAGCCCAAGAAACUGCCUUGGCCCGAUUCUAUGGUCUCCCUAAGGUACACAAGGAGGGCGCUCCUCUGCCGCCCAUUGUAUCGCUCAAAGGCACUCCAACGUAUGGACUGGCAAAAUGGCUGUUUCGCGCCUCCGAUUUCUGA